GGCCGUUCGAUCUCAAUCGGUGCUUUCCAAAGUUAUUCUUUUUUCUUCUCUUUUUAAUUUUUUAGACAAUGAAUUUUCAAACAGAACUUUCGUUUAAACUUUUUCUUUUGUAAAUCAAACUGAAGUUUCAUUUGAACUUCAGUCCUUCCAUCGAUGAAGUUCUGUUGCCUUGAAUUACAUCCUUGACAUAAACUUAGCCCCUGUUUUAUUUGCAACACCUGCAUAUGUCAAACAAAGAAUAACAUGGCUGAGUCUGUGGUGUCUUUCCUUGUGGAAAGGCUUGGUGACCUUUUAAUUCAGGAGGCCAAGCUGUUAUGGGGAGUUCAGGAUCAGAUCAAGCAGAUGCAAAUCGAACUAAAACGGAUGCAGUGCUUCCUCAAAGAUGCUGACAAAAGGCAAGAUCAAGAUGAGAGUGUUAAAAAUUGGGUUUCAGAAAUCAGAGAUGCUGCUUAUGAUGUUGAGGAUGUGAUUGACAAUUUCAUUGUCAAAUUUGGAUCCAAGAAAGGGGGAAGGAUCCGAAAAUCGAUUGUCCAAGGCAAGGAAUUUCAUAAUCUUGCAUCAGAGAUUGAGAGAAUCAAAUCUACAAUCUCUGACUUGACCAGAAGUUUGCAAACAUAUGGAAUAACUGCAAGAAAAGUAGGAGAAGGAUCUGGCUUUGCAUCAGAGAGGCAAAGGCAGCUCAGAUGGUCUUAUUCCCAUCUUGUCGAUGAGCAUAUUGUUGGGUUCGAGGAAGACAUAGAAGAACUGAUGAAGAAGUUGGUUCAUGAAGAGGAGCGUUGUCGAGUUGUGUCUAUAUGUGGGAUGGGAGGUCUCGGAAAGACCACCCUAGCAAAGACCUUAUAUCAUCACGCAGAUAUCCGGAGACACUUUGAAGCCUUUGCUUGGGCCUAUGUAUCACAGCAAUGCAAACAAAGAGAUGUUUGGGAAGGAAUUCUGCUUAAGCUUAUCACCCCAUCGAAGGAGGAGAAGGAAGAAAUUUUGAGAAUGAGAGAUGAAGAGUUGGCAAAGAAGCUUUAUAAAGUUCAGCAAGAGAAAAAAUGUUUGAUUGUAAUUGAUGACAUUUGGACCACCGAGGCAUGGGAUGCUUUAUACCCUGCUUUCCCUGUUGAAACAACUGUUGGUAGCAAAAUAUUACUCACAACCCGCAACAAGAGAGUAGCUGUGAAUGCUGAUCCGAAGGGGUUUCUUCAUGAACCAGAGUGUUUAAAUGAAGAAAAGAGUUGGGAGUUAUUCCAAAGGAAAGCAUUUCCAAGGAAAGACGACCCAGGUUUUGUAGCCAACAAAGAUAUGGAGAAUUUGGGGAGGGAAAUGGUGGGGAGUUGUGCAGGUUUACCACUGGCUCUUAUUGUGCUUGGCGGACUUUUGGCAACAAAAGAAACACUGAAUGAGUGGGAUAUGGUGCACAGAAAUAUCAAGUCACACUUAGCAAGAUCUAAAGAGCGAGGACGACAAGCUAGACUAUCUGAGGUAUUGGCGUUAAGUUACCAUGAAUUACCUUACCAACUGAAACCAUGUUUCUUAUAUUUGAGCCAGUUUCCCGAAGAUUUUGACAUACCAACAAAGAAAUUAAUUCAGCAAUGGGUUGCAGAAGGCAUUGUAUCCUUGCAAGAUGAAGUGGAAGUAGAUGAAAGGCAUGAAAUCAUGGAGGAAGUAGCAGAAAGCUACUUACAUGACUUGAUAAAUAGGUCCAUGGUUCAAUUGGGAGUGAGGGGUUCAACAGGAACAAUAAAAACUUGUCGCCUUCAUGACCUUAUGCGUGAUCUAUGCUUGUCGAAGGCCAAACAAGAAAAUUUUAUCCAUAUCAUUGAUCAUAUGCAAGGAAACAAAACUAAUGGUGCUCUUGAAUCUUCCACGUAUUCUAGACCAGUGUCAGUAAGCAGAAUUCAUAGGUGUGCCAUCUAUUUGAGUCAAAAUGUUCAAGAACCUGUUUUGCCAAAAUACCAGAAAAAUCCCAACCUUCGGUCCUUAUUCUUUUUCCGUCCAAAAAAACAUAGAUUACAUGACGACAGCCUUUUGAAAUCUGUGUUUGACAAAUUCAAAUUGCUGAAAGUAUUAGAUCUUGAAGGAAUUAAAGGACUUGAGGAGAAGUUACCAGAAGAUAUAGGAACUCUAAUUCAGUUGAGAUUUUUAAGUCUGAAGAGAACACGUAUAAGAGAGUUGCCAAAAUCCCUGGUCAAUCUGGUUGGCUUGCAGACUCUGAACUUGCAAACCAUUGAUAAAGUCUCUUGGGAAUCAACUGUACAAGUGCCAAAUGUUAUAUGGAAGAUGGAGCAGUUAAGACAUCUAUAUCUUCCUAAGUGGUGUGUGAACGAUACGAAUAAGUUACAGUUGGCCAAUCUUAGCAACUUGCAGACACUUGUAAAUUUUCCUGCUAAUAAAUGUAAUGUUAAGGAUCUUCUCCUAUUGACCAACCUUCGAAAACUUGUUCUGAAUGACCCUAGACACUUUGAAACAUUUGUCCAAAUCUUUGAACCUCCAAAUGAGACAUUGCAAUACCUCAGGUCCCUAUCUUUAAAAACUGACCUUCUUUCCUUUCCUGAUAAGGUAGUCGAUUUAAGGCAACUACCAUUUGGUUGUCCCCGUCUUCGCAAGCUUCAUGUAGAAGGGAGAAUAGAGAACUUACCCAAAAACAAUGAAUUCCCUUCAUCUCUCACCAAGUUAACUUUAUGGGGAUCUAGACUUGUUGAAGACCCAAUGGAAGCGCUCGGAAACCUGCCUCACUUAAGGUACUUGAGUGGAUGGGAAGUCUUCAUUGGAAAGAAAAUGCUUUGCUCUAAGGAUAGUUUUCCCCAACUCAAAACUUUACUUCUUCGAGGGUUGCCCAAUUUUGAGGAGUGGACAAUUGAAGAAGGAGCUAUGCCUACUCUGAGUAGUUUGGGUAUUUCUGAUUGCUACAAGUUGAAGAUGGUUCCAGAUGGGCUGAGGUUCAUCACUGCCCUCCGAGAAAUAGAGAUUAGGUGGAUGUCUAGAGCAUUCAAAAGUAGUCUUGAGGAAGAUGGGGAAGAUUUCUACAAAGUUCAACAUGUGCCUUCCAUUGUAUUUUUGAACUAAGCCAAAAUUAUGGAAUGCAUGGAAUGAAUGCUGUUAUUUAUAUAUGCAAAUGCUUUGAAAGAUGGAAGGAGCAAGAGGAUGCAGAGUUCUAGGGCUGGAGCUGAAAUUUUUUUUUUUACCGAGAAGGGAAUAACUCUCAUAAAAGUUUGUUUCUUUGUAAAAGGAUCACUUGUUAUUUGGGAUUUUUAAGUUUUAUUGCUUAUAUUGGUGUGAAGACUUCUGUUAUUUGUAAUCGGUUCAUUGUGCAUGUUUGAUUUAAGUGCUUCUUGUUGUUGGAUCAACUAUUUAGAUAAAAUGCUUAUCCAUCAUUUGACAUAGAGAAGAACAGUGAUAUUUGUCAAGCAUAUUGAGCAGUGUUUUCUGUAUGUGGUCUUAAGAACAUCAAACAGAGUAGAGAAAUAAAGCUUUGAUAGAUUUAUUAAUUAACA